CACAUCUCCCCAAAACCCGUGUCAUCAAGCCAAAGCUAAAAAGCGUCCGUCAGUCAGUUGAUGUUUGAGUGUGGAACAUUUCUGUUUGGGUUAAAUUCUGUAUUGCACUGUUGUAUUGUGGACUUUGAAAAUGUUUUUUAGUGAAGUUUUAUGUGUAAUUUAUCAGAUCGCGUAGAAGAAUCACUACGCGAAUCUGUAAUCCGUUCAAUCAAAUGCUUCCUGAUAAACUCACUCGUGUAAUUUGUGUAUUACUUCAUACUUAGCUUGUGCAAAACAUUGACGUGUUUUUAUUUGAACAAUUUCAGUCGUUCUUCGUUAUUGUUCAUAACAAUCACAAAACUAUACGUACGGCUCAUCGUACAUUGAUCAAGCUGCAAGUUAGUGUUAGUGAACGCUAAGCGAAUUGUGACCAAAACUAAGUGGCAACAUGAAUAUUGUGAAGGUAUUCAGGACGAGUUAUAGUUACUUUUUGAUGGUGUUUUUGUCUCACUUGAGGUGCAGUACUUGAGUAGACGAGUGGUGAAGUGGUGAGGACUAGAGUGGAGCGUAGAGCGGGACAGAAUGAGGGAGCAGACGUGAAGUGGCGAAGCAGUCACCGUGGAGCACCUGGUGGGAGGCGCGGGCGCGGGCGGGCUGCUGCCCGGCGCCUCGCCCGCCCAGCAUCCGCCCAACAUGCUGCAGCCCAUGGAAGAGAUGAUCCUCCCCCCCAAACGACAGGCUGUUGUGGACAGGCUGCGCCGGAGAAUAGAGACGUACCGUCGUCGACAAUCCGAGUGCGUGCCGCGGUUCGACCAGUCGUUCAGCGGCGCCUGUGAGCAGCAGAACUUGGAGACCAGCGCCCUGCAGAAGCGGUACCUCGAGGGGAAGGCCAAGCGGCAGGCCAAGAAAAGCGACCGCAAGCCCGACCUGCCGGCCAUCAGCGGCGUGCAUAGCAGCGUGCAUGUGCAACAAAAAUUUGGAUGCGGCGAUUACGAACCCCCAGCGAAAUUGCAAUGCAGCGGCGGUGCCGGCUCGGGCGAAGCGCUCACCAAGUUCUCGGUGGAAAUAGUGCAGCAGUUGGAGUUCACCACCUCGGCGGCCGACUCGCAGCCGCAGCAGAUCUCCACCAACGUCACCGUGAAGGCGCUCGCCAACGCGGUCAAGACCUCCAACUCGCCGCCGCCGCAGCAGCCGCCGCCGCGCGCGCCCACGCCGCUCGACUGCGAGCGCGAGUGCAAGGCCGAGUGCAAGUCGGAGGUGGCCGACGACGAGUUCGUGGGGCUGGACGAGUGCGCCGCGGCGCUCGAGCGGGACGCCGCCUCCGCGUUCCCGGGGCUGGCCGACCUCAUCGGCGAGGACGACGGCGACGACACCUUCGAGGACCUCAUCACCGAGAUCUCCGGCUACUCGGAGUUCAUGAAGGACUUCGACCUCGACGGGGGCAAGAUGAACGGCGGCGGCAUGGGGCUGGAGCCGCCCGAGGGCGAGCCGGCGCCGCGGCCGUACGGCGGCGGGGAGAUGUCGCCGGCGGCGCAGACGCUGAAGCACAUGGCGGAGCAGCACCAGCAGGCGGCGGGCGGCGACUGGGCGCGCUACCGCGGCUACGGCGCCUACCGCCCGCGAGCCGCGCCGCCGCCCAUCGACCACUUACACAUGUCGCAGCAGCAGCAGUUACACCUCACUCAACCACAUCACAAUCUACAGGUGUCAGCGGCUCAGCACAUGCAGGUGAGCGGCGCGGCGGGCGGCGGCGGGCACGUGUCGGUGGCGGCGCAGCAGGGCAUGUACGCCAGCUUCCAGCAUCAUGGGAAUCCAUCACCACAGCAUCAUCAAGGCAAUGGGUGCGACUCGUACUCGGUGUCGCAGUCGCAGAGCAUGAACUUCUCGCAGCCCAUGCGCGCGCGGCCCGGCGCGCAGCCGCCGCAGCAGCAGCAGGCGCAGGGCCAGCCGCUCGGCGUGGCAGCGGCGGGCAUAUCCCGCGAGCAGCAGGCGAAAAUGCUGCAGCAACAGCAGCAGCACAUGUUGCGCGCGCAACAGCAGCAGAUGCGGCCGCCGCCGCCGGAGUACAAGGCGCGCUUCGUGGGCCCGGGAGUGGGCCCAGGAGUGGGUGUGGGCCCGGGCGUGGGUGUGGGCCCCGGCGUGGGCCCCGGGCCGGGCGCGCGGCGGGCCCCGGCGGCGGCGCCCCGGCCGUUCCCACCGCACGCGCGCCAGUACUCGCCCGAGUGGCGUCAUAUGCUCAUGCAGCAGCAGCAGGCCGCCGCGCGACAGCAGUUCCCGCAUCAUCAUCAAGGUGGUUUCGGCAUGGGCGGCAUGGGCGGCGGCAUGAGCCAGCAGCAGCAGCAGCAGAUGCAGCUGCAGCAGGCGCGGCUGCAGCAGCAGCAGCUCAUGCAGCACCAGCAGCAAAGAGCAUCAAAUCAACAACAGAACUCGAUGUCGCAUCUUAUUAUGCAGCAAAAUCAAAUGAUGAGUGUUCAAGGACAGAUGCCGAACAUCCACAUGUCGCAGUCUCAGAGCAUGUCGAUGCAGGGCGGCGGCGGCCCGGGCGGCGGGCCCGGCGCAGCANUGGGCCCGGGCGGCGCGGGCCCAGGCGGCGCGGGCCCGGCGCAGCACCAGGCGCACCCGCAGGCGCACGCCUUCGCGCCGCUGCACGCCGGGCCCUUCGGCGCGCAGGCCGACUUCAACCUGGACUUCCUCGACAACAUGCCCUCCGCCGACGCGUCUUCCAUCACCGCUCAGGAGCUGCUCAACUCGCUCGAUAACUCCUUCCUCAAUGAUAUACUCUAAGCGCCCUGAAUCUCGGCUCUACCGGUGUACGACAUAAGGCUCCAGGCUGAGGUGCGAAAGUGAUAGGAAUACGGAUCGAAAGGUUUCUUCGUUUUUCUGUGGUGCAGCUGCGACUCGGUGUGACCGGUCGAAUAGUAGACCGUUCAGCUCAUUUCGAGCAUGAAGCGAAACCUAUUUUCUUCCAAUUACGGUUCGCGUGCUGUUUGAAAUUCAAUAAUUUCAUAUCAGAAAAUGAUGUUAGGACAUUAUUUCUGGAAUCUGCUAUAUCGUACAGUGUUACGGCAGAAGUGAAAUUGUAAAAUAAAAGAAAGGAAGUGUAAACACAGUGGUAUUAUACGUCAGAAAUGAAGCGGCAUGAACAGUGCUUCCGAACACAUCGACAACUGAACGCUGCUAUGUAGCGCGGAGAGAGCGGCUCGUUAAGGCUUCCGCCAUAUCUUUCGGGCGCUCGAGGAGUUAUGACCAAAGUUAUUGACCACGAAUUUACACCUGAAUUUAACGUGGUUCUGUAGUGUGGGGCAUAUUAAGUAUAGUGUAGUCGAAUUGAAUCUUCCGAUGUCUUUACCAUAAUUUCGAUCGCGUUGUUUUAUAGACUAUUUAUUGUAAAAAUAUCCAUUUCAUAGUAUUUAUAGCUCAUAAGAUUGUUAAUACUUCUUUUGUAAAUAUUUUAUUGUAGUCUUAAGAUUCGUUCGGUAUUAUGACAUAGGCGACAUCAGGACGCAGUCCCGCAUACCUAUACGCGACUGAUCUUUAAUUUUCCACAGAGUAGGUAAUAGUUAGUGUAUAUUUAUUGAAGAGUUGAUAGGAUCUAAGAUCGAAUGCACAAAAGACCUGCGAUUAUUAUUUACUAGUGUAUGACAUACGAGUUUGUCGACUGGCAAAGCGAUUGGGGCAAUAGCAGUUGUAAAGAAACUAUAUUUGAGGUGAUGCGAUAUUUUUUUAUAUUUAUAUUCUUUGAUCUUUGAACUGUCUGAUUUAAUAGCCUAUACAAAUGUUAUGGAAACAUAGUUUGUGCUUCAAGUUUAAAUAACAGUAAUGUCUAUCCGCCUGGGAACGACCCGAUUUAUUAUAUGGUUUUAUUUUUAGUUCAAAAUAAUGUAAAUUUUAUGGUUUAUUAAAAAUCAUUCCUGUACCUAAGAUAAUAGUAGUUUAUACUGUGAUGUCGGUCUCAAUGGUCAAUAGGUAAUAUAGAAUCAAUUAUUAUAAAGAUAUAGAUUAUUGUUAUUGUUAAGGAUCUCAUGUAUCAUUUUGGAAGAGGUAUGAGGGAUCUGGAAUUUGUAGGAUGUUGAUUUUCAUAUAUUUACCUUUAUUCCAUGAUUUGAGAGUAAAUUUUGGAUACCAUUCCUAUACAAAACCGUAGUAUAAUCUUGUACACCGUUUUGCAUUAUGUUUGUUGUUAAACAACACUCGUUGGGCCUUCUUUGGAUGUCUUGGAUUAGCCUAUUGCGUUCUUUUAAUUUAAUUUAAAAAAAAUUGAUUUUAAUAGUGUGGAUUUUGGCUGAUUUGUUUUAAGUAAUUUAAAAAUGAUUUAAACAAGAAAAUGUCUAAAUGGCUUGAAUC